AUGGAUGUGGUAAGCUUCAAAAGGUAUCUAUACAAAUUUUUAGAAAAUACAAAUGAGUAUACCCUCGAUUUUGGAGAAAGCAAUAAUUUCAAAUAUUUUGAAGAAAUAAAAGGAACUGGGAAAAAAAAUUCUAGUAAUAUUUAUAGACCAUUUAAUUAUGAAAUAUGUGAAACGUUAGAAAAAACGAAAGGACUUUUUCAGAUAGAAAUGAAAUCCAAAUUUGAAGCAUUUUGUUUUUUUUGUAAAUAUUAUUAUAACAAUGAUUAUUUAGGAGAAAGAAAAAAAGAAAUAAGAGGUAAUGAAACAAUAUUAGGUGAAUAUGCAUUUAAAACAUAUGGACAGGUAAAAAAUGAAAUAGAGGUUUUUGCUUCAGCUCUUUACCAAUUUGAAAAUAUUGAACCCAAUACAUUCACAGAUAAUGGAAAAUAUAGUAUGUUAAAAAUUUUAGGUAUUUGGUCCAAAAAUAGAAUAGAAUGGUUUACAACUGAUAUGGCUUGUUCAGCUAUUGAUUUUGUUACAGUUCCAAUUUAUGAUACUAUGGGGAUAAAUUCAGUUAAAUAUAUAUUGGAGAGAACACAAAUGAAAAUAUGUUGUAUUGAAGCAGAAAAAUUAGAAUGUCUAAUAAAAUUAAAGGAGGAGUUAACAGAUUUAUAUAUUUUAAUUAUUUUUGAUGAAUGGAGUUUAAAAGAGGAUAUAAAACAGAGAGCCAAUAAAGUAGGGUAUAAGGUGUAUUUUUAUAAAGAUUUAAUAGAUAAGUAUAAAAAUAAAAAUAUAAUACCUCAGUAUGAUCCUUAUGAUGAUGCCUUUCAUAGUACAGAGAAAGUUGGCAAUGAUGCAGGGAAGCAUAAUGAAAAGAGAAAUAAAAAUGAAGAAGUUCAAACAAAAAUGAGCAAUAACAACAAAGAUGAUGAGAAAAAUAAUAUCAUGUUAAGGCAAAAAUUAAAAAAAAUGAAAAGGAGUAUAACAGAUGUUUGUUCCAUAAUUUUUACAUCUGGAUCUACUGGUACACCUAAAGGUGCUAUGCUAUCCCACAAUAAUUUUAUUUCAUUUAUGCAAAGUUAUUUACUUGAUGGAAAUAGAUUAGGUUUAAUAAAACAUGAUGUCGUUCUUAGUUAUUUACCUCUAGCACAUGUAUAUGAACGAUUUAUAGAAUUUGCUGUAGGAAUUUUUGGAACAAAAAUUGGGUAUUUUUCAGGAAAUAUUAAAGAAUUAGUUAGUGAUAUAAAUGAGUUAAAGCCAACUUUUUUAAUUACAGUCCCUAGAAUAUUACAAAAAAUUCAUGACAGUGUUAUGGAGGGCUUAAGAAAUAAAUCUUUCAUUUCUCGAGCUUUAGUAAAAACAGCUUUAAAAAAUAAAAAAAAUAAUUAUUUAAAAAAUUCACAAAAAUUUCAUCAUCCUUUAUACGAUUUGAUAUUACAACCAGUGAGGAAUAAAUUUGGAGGACGUAUACGAACACAAGUUAUGGGUUCUUCGUCCAUGGAUAAAGAUAAACUAAUAGAUUUACAGAUGAUUUUUUCAUCUCCUAUAGCAGAAGGAUGGGGUAUGACAGAAGUAGGGAUAGGUUUUUUACAACAUCGUUAUGAUAGCACUAAAGGAACAAUAGGAGGAAUGUUUGCUAAUGUGAUUAUGAAAGUUAUAAAGGUACCUAACAUGAAAUAUGAUCCAAAGACGUACCCAAAUAAAGGUGAACUAUGUGUUAAGGGAUCAAGUAUUAUGAUAGGGUACUUUAGAGAUGAAGAAUUAACCAAAAAGUCAUUUGAUGAAGAUGGAUUUUUUUUAACAGGAGAUAUUGUAGAAAUUAAUGAAAAUAAUGAAUAUGUAAGAAUAAUUGAUAGAGCAAAAAAUAUAUUUAAAUUAGCUCAAGGUGAAUAUAUUGAACCAGAAAAAUUAGAAAAUAUAUAUUCAAAUAGUAUUUAUAUAGAAAAUAUUUUUGUUCAUGGUUAUAGUUAUGAAAAUGAGUUAGUUUGUAUUAUAGUACCAAAUGAAAACUUUGUUUGUGAUUAUGCUAAGAAGCAUAAUUUAAUGAAUUUAUCCUAUGAAGAAUUGCUAAAAUGUGAUACUAUUAAAAAACUUAUACAUGAUGAAAUUAUAAAUAUUUCAAAAACCUAUAGUCUAAAUGGUAUUGAAAAAGUUAAUCUAUUCCACUUAACCCCAAUCCCUUUUUCAGUAGAAAAUAAGCAACUUACCCCAACUCAUAAAAUUAUUAGAAGUGUUAUCCUGGAGUAUUAUCAAGAAAUUAUUGACAAUUUGUACAAAAGUAGGAACAAGUGA